AUUUGGUUUCUAUAUGCCAAAUAUAUUAAAACGAUUGUGUAACUGUGCUGAUAAUAAGCUACAAUAAAAUCUAAUUAACACAAGUAAUGUCGCAAGCCACAGCUGAGUUUGGUGAUCUGGUAACGCCGCCAACAAAUGCCGAUAGUAACAACAGCAGCAGCAAUUGUCGUAAGCGCAGCUUGUCAACCACACAGCCCAAGUCCAUUAUUGAAAUACGCAUAUCAAACGAAACGAGCAACAACAACAACAACAACAACAAUAACAAGCGCGCGAAUAAGGAAAUCGAUGCCAAGGCAGAUAAUGUCGAGACAAUGCAUAUGGAGCAACAACAAGGCGAUAUAAUUGAGCUAAGCAUCGAGGAGCAAAAACUGGAUAAUGAGCAUCGCAACAGCUGUGCUACCUUCUUACAACAUUUGCCCUGCUUUAAGCUGCCACAAAGCGAUACAGCCACGCCCAUACCCAAUUGCCGUGAAUGCCGACGACGCACCGCAGCUGCAUAUGCAAACACUAGCAACACCAACAACAGCAGCAGCUCUAAUGGUAAUGAUAUAUACUGCCGCUUUUAUGAGUUCAGACGACUCCAGUACAACACGCAGGGCGAGCUGAUCGUCGCCGGCUUCCCCAAUCCAUACAAGGAGCCCAGUAGUGAGGAUUACAGCAUUUGGCAGCCAGAUGCCAAGACGGCACCCACUGCAGGCUAUAUGGAUAUACAAGUAUGCCGCUAUAUACUGUUGCAUGCUGGCGAUCAGUUCUGCUACUUGUGGCGCCAGGAAGUAGAGGCACUGAAGCUGCACGAGAAUCCCGAUGAGACUAUUGCCUGGAAAAAGGCCGUACAGGGCAUACGUGAAAUAUGCGAUGUAUGCGAUACAACUUUGUUCAACUAUCACUGGACGUGCAACAAGUGUGGCUUCGGUGUUUGCAUUGAUUGCUACAAGGAUCGCAAGCAGGGACUGCAAAAUAAGCGACGCGUUGAAACGGAACGUGGACAGGAUGAAUACCAUUGGUUACUCUGCACAGAUGAGGACCAGCAGCAGCAUACGCUCUCCAAUCUCAUGCUGACGCAGAUUAUAGCAGGUGGAGCCUUGAAUGUACUGGGACGCUUGAUGCAUGAGGCGCGUGCCUUGUGGCAGGUGCCGCAAGUAUGCGGCUGCUUGCUAAGCAAGCAACAGGUGGGUGAGCAGCACAAGCAGCAGACGCAGCUCAUAGAGGACAUGAUCAAAGAGUCGCAAUUGAAGCAGCAUACGAGCGCCUCGUCCCUGGCCACGGCGCAAAAGGUGCAACAGCAGCAGCGUCUAGAGCAGCUGCAUGCCAAGAAGCUCGAGUUUGCGCGUGAGCAUCAUAUUGACUAUGUGCCGGGACGCGUAUGGACCAAGGAGACACUAGGCAAGGAUCCUAUUACCAGCGCCUUUGACAACUUUAAGCAUAUUGAUUUUUUGCGCAAGGGCUUAGCGGGCUUGCGACGUUUCUUGCCGCCUCUGGCCAUGACGCUGGCGCGUUCCACACAACUUGCGCCGGGCGUGCCACAUGAAUGGCUAUGCGAUGGCAAAUUGUUGCGCUUGACCGAUCCCAUGCAUCCGGAUAAUCGUGUGCUGUAUCAGGAAGUAUGGAAAGUGGGACAGCCUGUAAUGAUAUCAGAGGUGGCACGUUCGUUGAACUUGUCGUUGUGGCAUCCGCAGGCAUUUUGUGAGGAUUUUGGUGACAAGCCAAAUGAUUUGAUUAACUGCCUCAAUGGCAAUCUGGUGCCCAAUCAGCCCAUGCGACAUUUCUGGGAAGGAUUCCAAUGCAUACACAAGCGUUUGCUGGAUGCCAAUGGCAAACCUAUGCUUCUAAAGCUCAAGGAUUGGCCUCCAGGCGAUGAUUUUGCAGAGAUCUUGCCCACACGCUUUGCGGAUUUAAUGCGUGGUCUACCCAUGCCGGAGUAUACGUUGCGCACAGGCAAUCUUAACAUUGCCAGCUGUUUGCCCAAAAUGUUUGUGCCACCUGACUUGGGUCCCAAGAUGUACAAUGCCUACGGUUCGGCGCUGCAUCCGGACAAAGGCACCACUAACUUACACUUGGAUAUAUCCGAUGCGGUUAAUAUUAUGGUAUAUGUAGGCAUACCCACAGAUGAGGAUAGCAAGCCACAGCUGGCCGCCACACAGCGGGCCAUUGCCUUGGGCGGCUGUGAUUACAUAACACGUGCCCGUUGUCAGUCUCCGGAUGUGCUGCCAGGUGCUUUGUGGCAUAUAUUCCCAGCACGUGAUGCAGAUAAAAUACGCGAUCUCUUGAAUCGCGUCACGCUGGAGAAGGGCUUCCGAUUGGAACCGGAUCACGAUCCUAUACACGAUCAGAAUUGGUAUUUGGAUGAUAAGCUACGUGCACGUCUGCUUAAGGAAUAUGGCGUUGAAGGCUAUCCCAUUGUACAAUGCCAGGGCGAUGCUGUCUUUAUACCAGCAGGUGCCCCACAUCAGGUGCAGAAUCUACACAAUUGCAUCAAGGUAGCCGAGGAUUUCGUCUCUCCAGAGAAUAUUACACAUUGCUAUCAUCUUACACACGAAUUUAGACGCCUUUCGCACUCGCACACCAAUCACGAGGAUAAACUACAAAUUAAGAAUAUUAUUUAUCAUGCCAUCAAAGAUUGUUGCACCAUACUGAUGCGUGCUCUGGAGGAACGAAUCGAUUUGGAGCAAGCUUAAGUUCAAUGUCGUAAUUCAAAAUCACUCUUUUUGUACGUAUUUCAUAUGAUAACCAUGUUCAAGAUCUUAAAAUAUGUAGAAUUUGAAUAAAU